UGUUCCCACCGACUGAAUGCCCAUUGCAGACGGUGAACGCUUGGCGCCAAUGUGCCCGGUGAGACGAUAGCCAUGAAGAGCGGCGUGGAAGGCAGCAAGCGUCCUUGCUUGGAAAUUGUGCUCCUGUGGCUGCUCUUUCUCCCGCUGUCGCCCAGCGCCAAGGAGCACGAAGUGGGGAAGAGAGUUCUCCUGUCCAUGAACACGGACCAGCGCUCGGUGGCUCGGAAAGACGGCGAUGUGAUCAUCGGCGCUCUCUUCUCCGUCCAUCACCAACCCCCGGCGGCGAAAGUGGCGGAGAGAAAGUGUGGAGAAAUACGGGACCAGUAUGGGAUCCAGCGGGUGGAAGCCAUGUUCCAUACUCUGGAUAAGAUCAACGCCAACCGUAACCUCCUGCCCAACAUCACACUGGGCUGCGAGAUCAGGGACUCUUGCUGGCAUUCCUCCGUUGCCCUGGAGCAGAGCAUUGAGUUCAUCCGCGACUCCCUCAUCUCGAUGCGGAACGAGAGGGAUGGACUGACCCAGUGCCUGGAAGGGCCAGUGGAGGGGGCCAAAACCAAGACCCCCAUCGCCGGGGUUAUUGGCCCGGGUUCCAGUUCGGUGGCCAUUCAGGUGCAGAACCUACUCCAGCUCUUCAACAUCCCGCAGAUCGCCUACUCCGCCACCAGCAUCGACCUGAGCGACAAGACGCUCUUUCAGUACUUCCUGCGUGUUGUCCCUUCAGAUACCCUGCAAGCCCGAGCAAUGCUGGACAUCGUACAGAGGUACAAUUGGACCUACGUCUCUGCAGUUCACACUGAAGGGAACUACGGAGAGAGUGGGAUGGAGGCCUUCAAGGAGUUAGCAACACAGGAAGGACUCUGCAUCGCACACUCGGGUAAAAUCUACAGCAACGCCGGGGAGAAAGUGUUUGACCGACUGCUGAGAAAGUUACGGGAAAGGCUGCCGAAGGCGAGAGUUGUUGUCUGCUUCUGUGAGGGAAUGACAGUAAGAGGUCUGCUGAUAGCAAUGAGAAGACUUGGGGUACUUGGAGAGUUCCUGCUGAUCGGCAGUGACGGAUGGGCGGACCGCGAGGAGGUGAUUGAGUCCUACGAGCAAGAGGCGGUGGGAGGAAUCACCAUUAAACUGCAGUCCGCUGAGGUCACCUGGUUUGACGACUAUUUCCUGAAGCUGAAACUUGACACCAAUAUCCGCAACCCAUGGUUCCCCGAAUUCUGGCAACACCGCUUCCAGUGCCGUUUGGAGGGGCACGUUCAGGAGAACCGAGCCUUCAAAAGACUCUGUACAGGGAAUGAAAGUCUAGCAGAAAAUUACGUACAAGACACCAAGAUGGGUUUCAUCGUUAAUGCGAUUUAUGCCAUGGCUCACGGAUUGCAUGACAUGCACAAAUCUCUCUGUCCAGGUCACCUGGGACUAUGUGAUGCAAUGCAGCCCAUUGAUGGUAGCAAAUUACUCAAUUUUAUAAUAAAGACUUCCUUCAUUGGAGUUUCUGGUGAGGAAGUAUGGUUUGAUGAAAAUGGAGAUUCUCCAGCAAGGUAUGAUAUUAUGAAUCUUCAAAUUACAGAGAAUGGUCUGUACGGCUACGUGAACAUAGGGACUUGGUACGAAGGGUUGCUGGACCUAAACGACAACAAGCUUCAGAUGAACAUGACCAAGAUGGUGCGUUCUGUCUGUAGUGAACCAUGCACCAUAGGACAGAUUAAGGUUAUCCGGAAGGGGGAGGUGAGUUGCUGCUGGAUAUGCACAACAUGCAAGGAGAAUGAAUACAUGCAGGAUGAGUUCACGUGCAGAGCCUGUGAUCUGGGCUGGUGGCCGAACCAUGACCUCACAGCUUGUCAAAUGCUUGAUGUGAAGCAUCUGCACUGGAGCGAUGUGGAGUCUGCUAUCGCCGUGAUCUUCUCCUGCCUCGGGAUCCUUGCCACCAUGUUUGUCACUCUCAUCUUCAUGCUAUACAGGGACACACCGGUGGUUAAGUCCUCCAGCCGGGAGCUCUGCUACAUCAUCCUGGCCGGCAUCUUCCUGGGAUACAUCUGCCCGUUCACACUGUUGGCCAUGCCGACUCUGGCUUCCUGCUAUUUCCAGAGGGUCCUGGUGGGACUCUCGGCCGCCAUGUGUUACUCCGCCUUGGUGACCAAAACCAACCGCAUCGCCAGGAUCCUGGCCGGAAGUAAGAAGAAGAUCUGCACGAAGAAGCCCAGGUUCAUGAGCGCCUGGGCCCAGCUGAUCAUUGCUUCCAUACUGAUCAGCGUUCAGCUGACCAUUGUGGUCACGCUGCUGAUUCUGGAGCCCCCUAACCCUGUCCUUUCCUACCCCAGCAUCAACGAGGUCUUCCUCAUAUGCAACACGAGCAACCUGGGCAUGGUGGCUCCCCUCGGGUACAACGGGCUGCUCAUCAUGAGCUGCACCUACUACGCCUUCAAGACGAGGAACGUCCCCGCCAACUUCAAUGAAGCCAAGUACAUAGCCUUCACCAUGUACACAACCUGUAUCAUAUGGCUGGCUUUCAUCCCCAUCUACUUUGGCAGCAACUAUAAGAUCAUCACCACCAGCUUCUCGGUCAGUCUAAGCGUGACGGUGGCCCUGGGCUGCAUGUUCACGCCAAAGAUCUACAUCAUCAUCGCCAAGCCUGAGCGCAAUGUCCGCAGUGCGUUCACCACCUCGGAUGUGGUGCGCAUGCACGUGGGUGACGGGAAGGUGGCUUGCAGGUCCAACAGCCUGCUCGACAUGUUUAAAAGGAAGAAAACUACCGCCAGCAACGCGAGUUCCAAUGGAAAGUCUGUGUCGUGGUCUGAACCAGGGGCAGGACGGCCAGCGAAGGGACAGCACAUGUGGCAUAGACUCUCUGUCCACGUGAAGAGCAAUGAUGGUGCCUCUAAUCAGACCGCUGUUAUCAAACCCCUGACCAAACCAUAUCAGAAUCAGAUCAAAACCCUCAACUUCUCUGACGUCGGCACAAAAGGCCUUUAUAAUGUCGAGGAAGAGGAUGAAAAUGAUCCUUUGAGGCCUGACAUUCCUAAUAGUCCAGACAUGAUGUUAGAGAGACGAGCAAUGUCUAUCACACAGCUUAAAGAAUUGGAAGACUCUGAUUAUUUCAUUUCUGAUCAAAUGCAAAAAGGUAUUUCCUCUCAGCGGUCGGUCAUGGAUCAAUUUCACGGAGUGGGCAAUACAUUUAAACCCAACAUGAUUGACCUUAAUUCAAUGCAUGCUGUGCCAGUGUCAGGUAACGGGAUGAAUCUGCUGUACCAGCUCAAUCAGGAUGUGCUCCCACUGCAGAUGACAACCUUCAGCCCUCAACCCAUCUCACCCGUGGAAGAGGAAUGUGAAACAUUCGACCUCAUAGGUGACUUCAUGUACGACAGCACCGAGAUCCAGGAUGCGCCGCCCACCCCUAACAGACUUACCCUGGAGGACUCUCCGGCACUCACACCACCCUCUCCCUUCAGAGAUUCGGUGGCAUCCGGCAGCUCGGUUCCCAGCUCGCCCAUCUCCGAAUCAGUGCUGUGCUCCCCGCCGAAUGUAACCUACGCUUCAGUCAUUCUGAGGGACUACAAACAAACUUCCUCCACCCUGUGAAGGCUUAACUCCUGUGGCCCAGAGUCAAAGUUGCCAAGAAUUUCAAUGUAACAUAGCCAGGGGUUGAGGCAUAAGGAAGGGGUUACCUUGUGCCACAGUGCAAUUCAUAAAGAGAUUGAAAAUUGAGAAGAAAGCCAGCAUGUGUCAUUCCAUUGGUUACCUGUAAUUCUGUGGGUAAGGCUCCCCUGCAGGGUAUGGGAAAUGUCUACAUUCUGCACAACUCUGAACAAUAAUUUCCAAAGUAUUAUUGUGUAGAUGAUGGGGAAAAAAAAGCCUAUUUUAUUGCAUAUCUUUUUCUCAUGCAGCUUGGUUGUUAGAUUAUAAUUGCUGGACAUAGUGAUCUUUUCACUGUUGCAACCCGUUAAACCACCCGUCAGUUAAAUGCCACUGUUUUUUUGCUUCUUGUUUGUUAAUUGGGUAGCAAGGACUGGAACAUAUUUAUAAAGCAAAACUGAAGAUCAACUCUUCGGUAAUAAUUCAAUUAAAACCUUCGGGUUUUAUUUUGUUUUUUAACCCACUGAGGUCCCAAUGCAAAGGCAAUGUCAGCUAUCUUACUUUCUCCAGAGGAUGGUGAUGUUACUGGUUAUGAUUGAAGAUAGGCUACAUCUAAUGGCAAUGGAGCGAAAGUAAUUGGGCGCUUUCCCUGUUACUCAGGCUUUGUGACCUAUUUUGCAAGUGGCGGAGCACAUAAUGUACAUGAAGCAAUCCCUCACUACUAUUGUCCUGGGGAAAUUAUUCCACCUUUAUUUUGAGAAGUUGCUGUCAUUUGUGUCUUCUGCUCUUUAAACUAAUUUUAUUUUAUGAGCAAACAACUUUGUUUGUUGUAUAAUGGACACUUCGCUAUGAGCCAUACUCCACCUUAAACACUCCGUUACAAAAGGAUGUGUUUUCACCAGAUAUUGGGUCUCUGAGCUCUUCGUCUAUCACAAGAUUAAGGGGAAUUUUAUUUAUUCCAAUCAUGAGAAAUGCCACAAGAAGUUGACAUGGGUUGAAAUACUCAGUAGGCAAGGAACUUCCAGCCCUGACCUGUAUGGUCCAUACAUGACUCCAAAGCCAGGUCAAUGUGAAUGACAAUAAACCACUCUCUAAAAUGGAAGACUGUUGGUUCAAGGACAAUUCAAAAUGGCUGAGGAAAGUAGGCCUACCCAAUGAUGCCACACCUGGUGGUUAAUGUAUUUUUUAACAUUGUC